AUGGCCCCGCUCUGGCCAUGGCUGGGGGCCCUUCUGGCCGCGCCCCUGGCCCUCGCCGGCAAGUCCGGUGAUGCGGUUCCCAAAUCGUAUAUUGUGGAAUUCAGCAAUCCUCACCUGGCGACGGACAGCUUUAUUUCAACGCUCACACGCAACGGCAUUCCGAUCAGCCUCAACCAUGAUUUGUCGUUUGACCUCUUUCACGGUGGUUCAUUCAACCUCCUGGGCAACACGGAUAACGAGGCGGCCGUUGUGAAGAAGAUCUCGGGCCUGCCCUAUGUCAAGAACAUUGUUCCCGUCCGCGAGGUUCACCACUCCAAGCGAUCCACCUCGAAUGUGCGCGACGCAUCUCUCGCCGCUCCCGGCCAGCAUCUCACUCGUCGUGGUGACCACUAUGCUCCUGGUUCCAACGACGUCCCUCACCGCAUGACCGGUGUUGACAAGCUGCGCGAGCAGGGCUAUCUGGGCAGUGGCCUUCGGGUCGCUGUUGUGGAUAGCGGUAUUGACUACAAGCAUCCUGCUCUGGGUGGCUGUUAUGGCGAGGGCUGCUUGGUUGCAUUUGGCCAUAACCUGGUCGAUGAUACUGAGGACCCGUACGAUGACUGUGAUGGCCACGGAACCCAUGUUUCGGGUCUCAUCGCGGCCCAGCCGAACGCUUACAACUUUACCGGUGUUGCCCCCAAUGUUACUCUUGGACACUACAAGGUCACCAAUUGCCACUCUGGUGCGACUACCGACAGACUCAUGCAGGCAUUCAAGAUGGCCUAUGAGGCCAAGGCCGACGUCAUCACCUGCUCCAUCGGUGGAUACAGUGGCUGGUCGGAAGAGCCCUGGGGUGUUCUCAUCCAGAAUAUUGCCAAGGCCGGCGUGCCCUGCAUGAUUGCCGCAGGAAAUGACGGUGAUGCUGGCAUGUUCUUUGCUUCCGAUGGCGCUGACAAUAAAGGUGGUACCGGCAUUGGAGCCGUGAACAACUUGAUGGUCCCGAUGAUCCUCAACAAGGCCAGUUAUGUCUCCAAGAAUGGAUCUGCCAACUUUGGCUGGUCGAUUUCCGGUGACAAAGACUUCGUCAAUGGCACUUAUCAGCUCUACCCUCUCAGCCUCGACUCAUCCGUUGAAAAUGAUGGUUGCGAGGCUCUACCUGCCGACACUCCCGAUCUGUCCAAGAAGAUUGUUCUGAUCCGCCGUGGUGGUUGUGGAUUUCAGGACAAGGCCGACAACGCAAUCAAGGCCGGCGCGAAGAACAUCCUGUUCUACAACAACCGUCCCGGUACUGACGACUUUUCUUUCACCGUGCCUGAGAUUGUCGGUAUGGGAAUGGUGCCGACUAAUACCGGUGUUGAGUGGGUGAACCUGGCCGCGAAGAACACCUCGAUUUACCUGCACAUGACCAGCAAGAAGUAUGCUUCUUCCAUUUUCUUCAAUGAGAAGAACAACCAGGCCGGUGGCUUUGUCGGCGAUUUCAGCCAGUGGGGUCCUACCAACGAGCUCAUGGCAAUUCCUGUUGUCACUUCGCCCGGCGGCUUUAUGUUGUCCACAUAUCCGCUGGCUCUGGGUGGAUACAAGGUUGAGACCGGUACCUCUAUGGCUACUCCCUACUUCGCCGGUUGUGUUGCGCUUCUUAUCGAGGCUCGCGGCAAGGUGCCCGCCAAGACUGUCCAGACUCUGUUCGCAGCCAAUGCUGACCCCAACGUGUUCCACGAUGGUGUCUCGGCCUAUCCAUGGCUCAGUUCGGUUGCCCAGCAGGGUGCUGGCCUGAUUAACGCCUUCGAUGCUGUCAACACAAAGACAAUCCUCAACGUCAGCAGCAUCGGUUUCAAUGACACUGAGCACCUGGCGCCUGUCUCUUUCAGCAUCAACAACACUGGCUCAGAUAUCGCUGUUUACAACAUCAGCCAUGUGGGAAGUGCCACUGUCUAUACCCUUCCCGACGAUGGUACCACAAUCCCCCACCCCUUCAGCUCUGGCGACUUUAUGGAGAACGUGAACAAGCACGCCUCUCUCAGCUUCAGCGCUCGUCGUAUCGUGGUUCGCCCCGGUCAGACCGUGGUUGUCAAGGUCUCUGCCAUCCCUCCCCAGGGCCUGAAUACUACCCGCAUUCCAAUCUACAGUGGCUAUGUCACCCUCAAUGGCACCAACGGCGACUCUUUCUCCAUUCCGUACCUGGGUGCUGGUACUGCCAUGCGUAAUGUGACCAUCCUUGACACCAAGCAUGGCGAGAACUACUUCAAGUCGAGCGAGAGCAAGGACCCGAUCAAGGCAGGCCAAAUGUUCACCUUUGCCGGCGCGAACGGCUCGGCCAAUGACAUCAGCAGCCCCGUUUUUGAGCGACAGCUGUCGAUGGGAACUGCCCGUUUAGAGAUCGACGUGAAGUCAAGCAACGGAACGAUUGUUGGAUCCCUGCCCAACUUCCCCAUGCUGUACAUGUCCCGUGCCCCCUACAGCCCGACGGAGCAUUCCUGGGACGGCGGGCUGGCCGAUGGAACCUACGCCCCUGCUGGUACCUACUCCAUUCGUGUCCGCGCUUUGAAGAUCUUCGGCAACCCCGCCAACGAUUCCGACUAUGAAGUCGUGGAAUCUCCCAAGUUCAAUAUCCGCUACGCCGGAAAUAACAUGAAGGCUCGCAGCCUUGAUCAUCAAGUCUAA